CGUUACCACAGAUCAUCUUGUCUUUCCUGUUCACAAUGUCAGGCACAAGGAUUUACUGAAUCUUUUUAAUAGAACGGAGAGUUCUAUAAGGUUGCUACGCCUACGGAAGAGGAUGGCUAAAUUUAAUAAUAUUGCCACCCAGGUGGAAAUACUCGCAAAAAGGAAGUUAUCGUACUGUCAUUUGGCCCAAAUGAAGUAUUUGUUUCGAGAAGCAAUCCAGAUUAAGAGGGUACUUCUACAUGACGAGAAAAGCCUGUGCAUGUAUGCUGAUAUGGAAAUCAUACUUGUAAUGGAUGUUGUGGAAUACACAAGUCCUGAUCACUCUCCAUCCAUGGCAAUUUGCGAUGCUUUUUACUCGAAGCUUUUGACAUUUUUGGAUGCUCAUCAAAAGGUCCCAGCCAAAGAGCAAGUUGAUGCACUAUCAAAGGAAUUGUUUGCGCUUUCAACUGUCACAGGUAUUUUGAGCACACUGCUGGCUACUUGUGUUAUUGUUUUGACCAAUAAAAUCUAUAAUUUAUCUGAACAAAUUGAUGCAAUUGUCUCCCUAUUCUAAAAUUCAAUGGUAGUCACAGAUCUUAGAGAGC